AUGGCCGAUCCUGUUACCAGCUACGUCCACCUACUGAACUCAACUGACCAAAAUGCUAGUUGCAGCCAAGUAGAAGUCACCGAUUUCGUCACCGAAGCCGACCAUGCUGGUUUCAGGCUCAAAUACCGCUCCAACUCCUACGCUUCCACAGACGCAGCAGCUAUUAGUGACCAAGAAGUGCUGCUUCCAACGGUGAAAAUCUUGGGAACAGGCGGAACCAUUGCCUCAAAAGCCAAGCUGGCUCACGCCACUGCCGACUACGAAGUUGACUUGACGAUUGAAGAACUCAUCAGCCAAAUGCCCGAUUUGUCAGGGACGUGCCUCCUUGAGUACGAGCAAGUGUUGAAUAUCGACUCAUCUCAAAUCGACCACAAAGAAGUCACAAUGUUGCGGAACCAGAUUGUCAAAGAUCUCCCUCGUUACGACGGUAUCGUGAUCACCCAUGGCACUGAUACCCUCGAAGAAACUGCAUUCUACAUCCAAUCGACCAUCGAUACCGAUAUCCCCAUCGUUUUCAGCGGCAGCAUGAGGCCAAGCACGGCCAUGUCUUCAGAUGGACCCAUGAAUCUCUACCAAGCAAUUGUCAUUGCUGCCACGCGCGACAGCCACGGCAGAGGAGUGCUCACCUCUCUCAACGACAGAAUAGGCUCGGGCUUCUACAUCACCAAGUCAAACGCCAACACCUUGGACACCUUCAAGUCCGUAGGCCAGGGGUACAUUGGCACAUUUGUCAAUAACCAAGUGCGGUUCUUCUUCCCGCCAGCGAAACCGCUCGGCAUGACCCUCUUCCAAGUGGCCCCCAAUGUCGAGCUCGCCAAAGUGCACAUUCUUUACGCCCACCAGGGUUUCGAUAACGAGAUCAUUGAACAGGUGCUCAAAAACACCAAGGCGCGAGGACUCGUGAUAGCUACCAUGGGCGCAGGCUCGCUUCAGUCAAAGACAAAUGCUCUUUUGGCAAGCUUGGUUGAUCCUGAGUUCCCCAUUGUCUACAGCAAGAGGUCAAUGGACGGCAUGAUCCCCAUUGGCGCAUUGCCCAAAGUCAACGGCAAACCGUUUGAAAAUGCAGUCGCUGGCGGAUACUUGAAUCCGCAAAAGGCCAGAAUAUUGCUCCAACUUUGUCUUAAUGCUGGCUACGAUUUGAACAAGAUCAAGAAAGUAUUCAGCGGAGUAUGA